UAUUCACGUCAAUUCGAAUCGUUUUAGUUUUUAAACAGAAACAUGUAUUGAUAAAAAUUGAAUUGUGCAAAACGUGUUGAAUUUUAUCACAGCCGUGAAUUUAAAUUUGUACAAUCUAAUCAAAUUAUACAUUAUGCAGAUUUGAUAGAAUUACAACGGGUUACAUUUGUAACUUGGAAGCAAAAGAAAAGGCUAGAAAAAAAAAUUCAAGCAAUUGGUUUUCUUGAAAAGUUUCGUACCGACGGUUCUGCUUCAGUACGCUUAUUUCUUUCUGGCUACUGCAAUUAGAGGAAAUGAUUCUUUCAAGUGCGCUUGCAGAUACGGAUUAAAGCAGCGUCUCGCAGCCCCGCGUCGAACGAACACUGACAUGGUCCCCUCCACCUGUAAAGAUUCGAAUGAUCGUUAUGAGUGACUUCUUUGCCUCAGCGUACAAUUAUAGUAGUUAGGCGUGAGCAAAAGUAUCAGGUCAUAUUAUCAACUUAGCACGGUUGCGAACCGCGAGUAUUAUUUUCCAACAAAAUUUAUCACUGGUAAUCAAUUCACCACCGAAUUAAAUUGUGCACUGUAUUCUCACGGAGUUGAUGUGAAGAUUUUCGCGCUAGAUGUUGUGUAAAAUUUGUUCCCGCGAAACUUGACUCGCUGUGCAAUUUUCUGACCAAAAAAAAAAACCGCAAUUGCGUCUGGAAGUGUUUGAUUCCGAACAGGAAAAAAAAACUCAUCAUAAGAGGGAAAAAAAAAUUCAAAAUCCAAAACACAAUGGUUUAGGUAAAUCGAUACGGGGAUAUUUACAAGAAAAAAAAAUACGUGAUUAGGGUACAUAUUAAAUGAUCGAAUGAUCGGAAAUUCGGGGCUUCCGUGUCACGUGUUUUUCCAACGGUUCGGUUUUCUUUUUCACACCGCAUAACGUAAUCGCAAGAAAGAAAAAAAAACAUCCUAAAUCAAAUUGUUAAGAAAUUCGAUAAGCACGACCGAUGUUGGACUGAACCACAGGAUGAUGUCAAAGAAAACAAACUUUUUCGGCUUGUUGGUAACAGGAUGUUUACUCUCGGUGCUUUUGUUCUUCAAUGGGGAAUACGGCAGCCCCUCAAAGCACGAAGUGCAGCCGUCGGCAGCUUUUCACGAGUCGAAGGAAAAUAAUACCACAGCUGAUAAGAAAGAACAUGAUUCUGCAUCAAAGGAUAUCGAAAAAAUCCUUAAUAUGCAGAGAGAAUCAAUCAUCGAAGACAUGAAGAACUAUGAAUAUCCCAAUGGAAAAUACAAUAUCAGUGCCAGCAAACUUGAGGAUUUGGUGAUGGAAAAGAAAGGAACACCGAUCAGAAGUAUAAUUGUAACAACGUGGCGAAGCGGAAGCACAUUUUUCGGCGAUAUUCUUAACGCAAAUCCGGCAAAUUAUUAUCACUAUGAACCGCUGCUGCCUUUCGACAUCGUUCAAGUCCGAGGUCCUCCCUUGUCUUCGAAAGCUUUGAAGUUGGUCAAGGAUUUGCUCAACUGCGAAUACGAAGACCUAGGUGAAUAUAUCGACUACGGAAAACCACACCCGUGGGUUUUCAAUCACAAUACGAAUUUGUGGAAGCAGUGUGAACGUCACAAAGGGGUCUGCUAUGACCACAAAUUUCUCAGCUCGAUGUGCAAGCUCUUUCCAUUCCAAUCGAUGAAACUUGUACGAAUGAGGUUACGAAUCGCACAGGAGCUUCUUGCGGAUGAAAAAUUAGCUAUACGGAUGGUGUUGUUGGUCAGAGAUCCUCGAGGGAUUCUCCAGUCGAGAAAACAUCGUGCCUUUUGUCCACCAAGUCCUGAUUGUUCCGAUCCAGCUUUGACGUGCGCGGAUCUUGUCUCAGAUUACAAAGUUGCUGUUGAACUGCUGAAGAAAUACCCAACUAGAUUCAUGGUGAUACGAUACGAAGAACUUUCCCUGGAUCCGUACAAACAGGCCGAAGAACUUUACAAGUUUUACGGACUCUUUUUUCAUCCGGAAACGAAAAAAUAUCUCGAUACUCAUACAAAAACCAAUAAGGAAGUAUGGAGUACAUUUCGAGAUUCAAAAACUGCUCCGUUUCAUUGGAGAACGGAGUUAACAUUUGAAGAAGUAGAAGAAAUACAAGAAUCCUGCACCACUGCAAUGAAAUACUGGGGUUACGUUCCGGCAAUGAAUGCUUCUCAUCAAAAGGAAUUCAACCCUGUUACAAACUACGUAUUAAAAUUGUAACGAAUUUUUUUUACUCACCCGCAGAGAUUUUCAAAAAUUUCAACGCCGCCAAUUUCUAUAAGAUGGGAUUCAAAGAGAUCACGAGUGAAAAUAUAUUUCAAAUAGUGAUGAACGCAUUUUACUUACAACAACUUGUAGUACUGCGUAACGAAGUAUUGAACAGUUUUGUAAACUCUUAUCUUAUUGCAAUUGGUUACAUGAUAUGGUAUUUAUAUAAAUUCGAAAGUUUCUUUAACUUCCGCAUCUACAUUUUUCAUUUUACUUUUAUUGCCGUCACAGAUAUCUUAUUCUCGAGGGCUUUUCCAAGUAGAUAGAAUAAACACUCACGAAUACGUGCACUUCCCUUUUCGAAUAUCGCGGAAGAUUAAAAACUUAUCAUCCCUGCAAUAAUCACAUGCAUUGCAAACCAUUCUUUCUACACUCUGACAAGUUCGGAAACCGCUCGACCACUUUCUGGUAUUCAUUUAUCCG